UACUAAGACCAACAUCCCCUCAACCUUCCAUUUGCUCGUCCCGUUUGAGUACGAACACACCUUUUCCUAUAUCAAAAAGGAACUUAAUUACGGUACAUUAUUGCCCCAGCCUCUCACUCUCACAUCCAUCACAUAGUGGACAGACCGGUCAAAGCAUGAAACAGUGACUUGUAGGUAGGUGCCCGUCGCAAACAUCUCACCUCAUCCAGGAUGUCCUUAUUGAUAGUGUGCCUCUGGGCAGGGCUUAUGUUGUCCAUUCCUCAUCCCAGUUGCCAAUCAUGCACCAUCGGCUCAGCCAAUGAGUGCAAAGAGGCAGAAUUUGCUCCUGGAACCAACCUAGCAGGGGAAGGCUUUGACAUCACCAAAAUGAAACGCAAAGGAGCCUUUGUCAUUGACAUGAACGUGUGGAAACGCAAAGACAAGACCUGCACCCUCUGUAAGAAUCCCUAUCUGGAAGGGAAACAACAGAGGCUUCCUUUGGCAGUGGUGGAUUGGAGACCAAACCACCACUGUAGUAUGAAAGUGUCCAGUAAACUCCAUCGCUCCAGUGAGUCUCUCGUCAGCUCCAGUGGCUCUUCUGUGGAGAAUAACUGGCAGGUCAAUCUAGAGUUAGAGAAGGGAUCAAUAAGUGGGAAGAUUAUGCUCGCUGGUACCAACUCCAAAUUGGCUGAGUACUCCAUGGAGAAAACCAAGAGUGACAAGUUCAGUUUCACAAGCCACAGUGUGUCCUGCGGGUAUUACAGCUAUCGAGUAUCUGGCCAGCCCAAGUUACACCAAGAAUUCAAGACAGCAGUGAAGAAUCUCCCCAAAAUAUAUCAACAAGAAAACAAACAACAUUAUUACAAGCUUAUUGAUAACUUUGGCACGCAUUACAUUACCAAGGUGAGCCUGGGUGGAACGGUGCAGUCUGUGACCAGUAUCAAGCAGUGCCAGGCCAGCCUGCAGGGUCUCAGUGCGGAGGAGGUAAAGAUGUGUCUGGAUGUGGAGGCGUCUGCCAGUGUGGGUGACAGAAACAGCUUGAAGACUGAGUUCAAGCACUGUCAGGAGGAUAAGUCUAAGACAGAGAGCAAGGCCAGCUUCUCCAGUGUCUUCAAUGAUAGGUUCACAGAGGUGAAAGGUGGCCACACCACAGAACCAGAGCUCCUCUUCUCUGCUGAAAAAGAUCCCGCCUCCUACAAGGCAUGGCUGGAGUCCCUACCACACUAUCCGGACAUUGUCUCCUAUUCGCUGGAAUCUCUCCAUGAGUUGCUGCCCACCACCAACCCAGCUCGGAAGCACCUGCGCAAGGCCAUCAGCGACUACAUCCUGGAGAAGGCCUUGUGGAAGAACUGUUCUGAACCCUGUCAAACUGGCAUCAAAAGUGACUACAGAGACUCCUGCGUCUGCAGCUGCCACAACAUCCCCGGGGUGAGUGCCGACUGCUGCCCCACCCGCAAGGGCCUGGCGCGGGUGGUCAUCACUGUUCAGAGAGGGGCCAACCUGUGGGGAGACCACACCACUGCCACUGACGGCUACGUGAAGGUGGCUUUCGCAGGCCAGACAAUCGGACGCACUAAAGUUAUCUACAACAACAACAACCCCAGCUGGGCAAUGAGCUAUGACCUGGGAACCGUGGAUCUGUCAACCAGUAAGAAGCUGAGAUUUGAGGUGUGGGACGAGGACGACAAGUGGAACGACGACCUGUUAGGAGAAUGUGAGAAGGAGCUGACAGCCGGGGUGAAGGAGGAUCUCUGCAACCUCCAGCAUGGCCAAAUGUUCUACAAGUGGGAGGCAGUGUGUGCCCCCAGUCUAGGUGGCUCUGCCUGUAUGGACUAUGUGCCCUCCCCUAUGAAUCCCCACCUGGAGAAGGUUUAUGUGUCUCGCCACUCCCGUCUCAUUCCAAAGGACAUGCUGGUGAGUAUGGGAGUGUUGGUGGACGGACCCAAUCUCCAUGGCAACAAGAGCCUCAGUCCAGGGAACAGAGAGUGUGGUCGAUUUUAGAGGUAUGCAUGGUGAACCUGUUAGAGGAAAUUAUGGUUGAAAUGACUAAUUAUGUAUACAUUCCAAUCAGAACUGACUACUCCAAAUGCUAUAAUGUACUGUACAUAUGAAUUUUCUCUCUUGCUCCCAUUCCCAAUUGUAUAUAAUGUAGUCAGGAGUUUAGUAACAAUGAAGGUCUGUUCCUUAGUUCAUUCAGUUGUACAAUCUCCAGGUGGCAGGAACGGCCGAUCUCCAGACUGUCUAGAAUGCUGAUUUAUACUGACUGACCUUGACUUCGUGCUGAUAACGCGAAGGCUCGAGAGCUAGAGAGCCCCUCUACUGGUGAAAUAGAUAGAACGUUUAGAAAACGCUGACGUCAUUUUCAGUUUAUAACCUGUGGAAAUAUGUGUAUGUGGCAGUACUCUCUUGCAAUAAACGCUGUUACCUGGC